UUGAGCGUCGGAGUCCAGGUUCCACUUUCCUACUUUUUCGUCUCCACUUCGCACGAUCGUCGGCAUCCCUAGUUGUCAGACCAAAUGGUCUGACAAGGGAUGUUGGAGAAAUCUCCAACGGGAUCAAGUAGUAAUGAAAUUACGUGAGUCAGAUUGCUACACGAACUCAUGUGGCACGAUUAAGAUUCGAACCUGAUUCCUUUAGAUUGACAGGCGGUCUGACGGCGAUCACCGCACAUCAACAUGUAUAUAAUUUUGAAAAAAAAAAUGACACAUGUUAAAGUUGCAUGGACUUUGUGCUAUGACUACGAAAAGUAGAAAAAACAUACUCGUAGGUACAAAUAGAAUCAUAAAUCGAUGUUUACUUUGUACGAUCUUGUGUUAGUUAGCGAUUUUCGAUUCAGGGACACACAUAUCUUGUGCAAAUAAGUAUAAUUUUGCUAUAAUAUUAUAAUAACGUCUUCUAGUUACGUGGAUUGUGGAUUAUAAUAAACAGUCUUGUAUGAAAACGGUGUUUUUCCAUCAAUUUUUGUCGCCCACACGAGACAAGCUAGCGUUUUGUUUAGAUUAGAGUGGGUCGUUGUGUAUGGUGUCUACUGUAUGUUAAUCUAAGUAGUCAUACAUCUAUGGCGUACAAAUGGCUGAUCCUGUGGUCGUUAUGGGCGACUGGUCUGGUGCGGCAGCCGACAGCCCCGCUGCGGGUCAGUUCGGGCUGGCUGCGCGGCUCCGUCGCCAGCGACGGCGGCUAUGAGGAGUACCUGGGCAUUCCAUACGCUACAGUCCGGGAGAGAUUCCAGGCUCCUGGUCCUGAACCUAUCUGGGACAAAGUGUUCGAAGCUGUGGAAGAAAAUAUGAUAUGUAGACAAAAGGUCUCUGAAACAACCAUAGGCACCGAUGACUGUCUAUUCCUAAACGUAUACCGACCACUGAAUGUUCACCACUCAGCUCCUUUACCAGUCAUGGUGUUUAUUCAUGGAGGAGGGUACUUCGAGGGGACCCCUUCCCCAAUCAUAUACGGACCUCGAUACUUCAUGAAAAAAGGCGUUAUCUUAGUAACUAUAAGCUACAGACUCAAUAUUCAAGGUUUCAUAUGUUUAAGAAUAAAAGAAGCUCCAGGCAAUGCUGCGAUGAAAGACACAGUAGCAGCUUUAAGAUGGGUUCAGCGAAAUAUCAAAAAUUUUGGCGGAGAUACAGAUAAUGUCACAAUAUUUGGAGAAAGCGCUGGUGCAGCGUCUGUGUCUUAUUUGGUCCUUUCGCCAAUGGCAAAGGGUCUUUUCCACAAGGCUAUCCAGCAAAGUGGAUCAGCUCUUUGCCCUUGGGCAUACCAGUUUAAACCUGUAUACAUGGCGAGCUUGCUCGCCAGGACCAUGGGCUACCACACCCAAGAUCCUCAUAAACUGUACGACUACUUCAUGAACAAGUCCAACAGUGAAUUGAUAGUCACAAGAGUGCCACGAAAGAAAGGAAACUUAAUUAUAUCAGAGAUAUUGUACACACCAUGCGUAGAAGAUGUGAUAGAAGGCGAAGAACCAUUUUUGACAGAAAUACCAUAUAAUAUCUUGUCUCAGGGUAAAUUUAAUAAAGUGCCUAUGAUGAUAGGAGUGAAUGACGCAGAAGGGAUAACGUUUGCAGAUUUGGAAAAUGACACAACUAUACCUGAAAUAAACUUCGCAAAAUCUAUUCCGAAAGAUGUAUUGUUUCCAACAGAUGAAGAAAGAGAGAGAUUUGGAGAAAUAGCAAGAAGAUUGUAUCUGGGGGAUAGUGAAUUAACAGAAAGUAAUCUAACAGCAAUUGUUAAAUUUUCUGGAGAUGCAUAUUUCUACAAUCCUAUUCUGACAGAGACGGCUCUUAAAGCUAAAACCAGUGAAUUGCCGAUUUAUAGCUUUGUGUUUGCUUACGACGGGUGGAGGAACUUCCUCAAGAUGUUCCUCACGAGAAAGGAGUUCCCUGAUGUGCAGGGUGCUGCUCAUGCAGACGAUCUGUUUUAUUUGUUCUCCAACCCGUGGUUGGGUUCGUUGGGGGAGGAUGAGAUGAUUGAUAAAAUGACAACAUUGUGGACGAACUUCGCUAAAUAUGGGGAUCCAACACCAGCCCAUUUAGACUCCGCCGUGAGAUGGCCACGCGUGGACCCCGAGGACCCUAAAUCACUGGUCCUAAACUCCACACUGUACACACGGCCGCUGUGGGCCAGCGACACCAUUCAGUUCUGGUUAGAUCUCUACUCGAAGUACAGGAGGACAGAGAGAUGAUUAUUGUGAAUUUAGUAAUAAUUUGUAUUUCUUUAACUUAUUGUUGAGUGUACUGUGGAUGUUUGUUGUUGUUUUUUUUUUAUAUAUAAUUUUUUUCAUAAAAUUACGCUUUUAUGACGAUAAAGAAGUUUAAAAACAAA